AUGGCAAGCUCUGUAGACCCAUUGCUCCAGUUGCAGCAAGCUGCAGAUAUGGCAAUGCAACAUAUGCCUGAACAAAUGCUCCCUAAAGUUUUGGAAACGGGUAUAACAUUGUUCAUGAACGACAAGAAGAACAUAGGGUUUUCAAGAUUUUCUACACAACUAUUGUUAGAUUUGUUAGUUCAUGAUAAGAUUCCAUCAAGUGAGAAACCAUUUAUUGUUCGCCAGCAUAUCGAUGCAUUAUGGGAAAUGGCAGAGACUAGGGACUACAUUACAUUCAAAAACUGUAUAUUAUGUCUUGGUAAUAUUUACGACCAGUUGUUUGACUUAGUAGCGAAAACAUCUGAUGAGAAACUGUGGUCCACCUUAGUGAGAUUCAAAGAUCUCGUCGUUGCUAAUUGGAAAACAUGUUAUCCAUUGCAAUUACCACAAAGCGAUUUAAACAACCAUGGAAAGGGCACUGGUGUGAAAUUAGCCAACGUGAAGUUUAUUUCCAAGAUUAUUAUUAUACACACUUCAGGUCCUGGAAUUAGUAUAGGUUCUAUUCCAAACAACCACCCGGUCAUAUCCAAUAAACAAGCCUUAGAGGACGAAGCUAAAGUUUUACUUGAUAAACUUUUGGCAUUCUUAAUUGAGGAACCAAUGAUGUGCGCGCCAUGGUUUACUGGUAUAUUGCAUUGUUUUUCCUUUAUUAUGAAACAGAGACCUAUGGCCACUAUUAGAAUUGCAUCAGGAUUACUAAGAUUUAACAUUGAUAUGAAAUUCCAACGGGACGAUGAACCUACUUUACAAUAUAGACUCGCAAAGAGAUUUGUUGAACGUUGCUACAGAAACUUAGUACAAUUUGGUUUGAAAAACAGAUUAAUUAAGGACUCAGGGUCUAUGACACAGUAUAAAAAUAAACUAGCUAAAAUUUCCCAAACCUUAUUCGUAAUUGGAGAAGAAGCAAAAGCUAAAGGUAUAUUAAACUUCGAUCCCGCGGCAGUUGAACAUAAAAUGACACCAGCUGAUAAAAAGAAGUACAACAGAGUUAAAGAAGUUAAUGAUUCAUCUUCAGAUUCCUCUACCGGGGUAUCAUCUGCCACUGUAAAGUCCCCAUCUCCUGUUCAAAUAACUCCUAUUAUAUCACCACCCAUGGGUAACACUAUGAUGAAUAAUAUGCACAAUUCUUCCACUCCUCCCCUUUUGAAUAAUUUCCAACAGCAGCCUCAAACGCUUGGACACAUGCAAAAUGCAGCACCUCCGCCUGAUUUAGCAGCUCUAAAAGCAUUGCAAAGUUAUGCUUUCACAAAAUCUACUACGAAACAUCCUCAUUUCUUAAACCCUGCACAUACUUCUGUGGAUAAUUCAUUUGCAGCAAUCUUUUCAUUGAUGAAUCCUGUAAGUUCAGGGUUCGAUGUUUCAAAGCUAUCCCAAGACACUAUGGUCAAAUUAUGUACUGAGGCACUAGGUAACACGGAUACAGGGACAGCGAUUAAUGGUUUGUCGAUUGUAGCUUCGAGAUACACUGAUUUGAUCAAUAAGUGGCUCCAAAACAAUGUACAGCAACAACAACAACAACAACAGCAGCAACAACAACAAAGUAUACAAAACAAUAAUAGAGAUAUGAACAACGUAUCGUCUACUAAACGUGCCAGAGAGGACGACUCGGUUACUGAAACUCUCAUACAGAAUAAUGUGGAAGAGAAUAAAGAAACAAAAGUCGAACCUACCGCAUUGUCAAUGGAAGGGUCAGAAACAAACUCUCAAGCCUCAGUACCAGACACUAAGAGAAUGAAAUUUGAAAGAGCAGAAAAACCUGAAUCAACAAGCAGCUCAAAUGUGCAGCUCAAGGCUCCGUCAUUAACCAAUCAGGAAAAGAUUGAACACCUGAAGAGAAUUGUGCACAACAUUUUGCAGAUUUCAACGAAAGAUAACAUAAAUAAUCCGAUCUCUCAAAAGCAGGAAAGAAAUCCACUGGAUAAAAUUUUGCUACUGAACUGGAACAAUAAGACUUCGUGGGUGUUUUUGUUAUCUAGGUUGUGUUCUAGAGGUGUUUCCUCGAAUGAAGAAAUGCGCCAAGUUAUUACAAAGGCUAUAUUUGACUACUUUUGUGAAGAUUUCCAGAACAGGAUUACUCUUGUGUUGGAAUGGUUGAGUGAAGAGUGGUACAGUGAGGAUUUAGAAUCUGAUAGCCAAGAACACCCAAUUUACAAUGAGUGGUCAUUGAAGGUUCUUGAUUUCAUGAUACCGAAACUUGAUGACUCGCAUAGAAGACUCUUCAUCAGAAUGGUCAGUGAAAUGCCAUUACUAUCGCAAGACCAUAUCGACAAAAUGAAGUCAUUAUGUCUCGAUCCAACGCGAUCGGUAUUAGGAUUCCAGUCUUUAAAGUUCAUGCUCAUGUUCAGACCUCCAGUAAGGAAAUAUAUAAAGGUUGCUUUGGAGUCUAUGGCGCAAGUAGAUGAGACUAUCAAACCGCAAUGCGAAUUGCUUCUACAAAAGUAUUUCUCCUAA